CCUUUGCGGGCUUGUACGGCUGUUAAAUCGCACGUCGCCGGUGCGCAGAUUGAGACAUAGGACCACUGUGGUCCCGCGCCACCCGCCACGCCAUCGAGCAGGACUAGAAAUGCCGCAAGCGCCUCCCCAGCGCAAGCUGAAACUCCUCUGCUUGCAUGGCUAUGCGCAAAAUGGCCAGUUUUUUAGAGAACGUACGGGCGCCGUCCGCAAACAAUUGAAAAGCGUGUGCGAAUUUACAUUUUUAGAUGCGCCGCGGCCGGCGACGGGCGAAUUCCUGGGCCAGAUCGACGAGGCGACGCGCGGCGCGCCGCUGGGCUGGUACAAUACCAGAGAUGGAAAUAGGCCGGCUUUGUCAACGUCCUACGACGGCCUCGAGGAGAGCCUGGCGCUCGUGCGCACGACGUGCCAAAGUCAGGGCCCCUUCGACGGCGUCCUCGGCUUCUCGCAGGGCGCGACGCUCGCGGCGCUGCUCUGCCUCACGACGGACCUGUUCCAGUUCGCGGUUUUGUUCGCCGGCUACGUGCCGCGCGAUGCAACCGUGCUGGCGGCGCUGGACGCCGGCGCGCCGUGCCGGUUGCCGUCGUUUCACUGUUUCGGCGCGACGGAUGCGUCGGUGCCGCCCGACGUCGCGCGGGCGCUGGCGUCGCGGUUCGCGGACCCCGUGAUCCACGAGCAUGAGGGCGGCCACGUCGUCCCGGGCAACGCGCCUUUGCGGUCCGCGCUGAAGGCGUUCCUCGUGGCGCGGCGGGACGCGGCCGCGGCGGCGCCGGCGGAGGCGCCGCCAGCAGAGACGCCCGUGGAGUCGGCGGACCCGCCGACUGCUGCGCUCGAAGCGUUGCAAGUCACGCAGGAUGCUGUUCCGCCGCCGCCGCCUCCGCCGCCGCCGCCGCCGCCCGGUGACUGGGAGACAGGGACCGUGCUCGCCGACGAGGAGGCGGCGUUUGAGGCGGAAUUCGGCGUCUCGCAGACCGCGUACGACGCCAUGCCGUCGUGGAAGCGAGCCGAAUUGUUGCAGAAAAUCCUGCGGCCGUCGACGAUGAUUGGGCGGCGCGUGAACCUGCCGACGCGGGCGGGCGGAGGCAUCGGUGUGAUCCGAGACGUGCAAGCCAACCUCUGCUUCGUCGACCGCGAGAUUGAUCCCGACGAGGACGAGGGCUGGGAGGGCCUCGAACCUCGCAUCACGUGCAAUAGGGACGAGCUCUCGUACGUCGACGAGGACGCGGCGGAGUAA